AUGUCAGCAGAUUCAAGUAUGCCAAAGCGCAGGGUGUUGGUAGUAGGAGCAGGCGGCGUCGGCACCAUGGUCUGCGUCGCACUCGAGAGAUCUGGAAUGGCAUCAGUCACAGCUGUUUUGCGAUCCAACUACGAGCAAGUCUUAAAGCACGGGUUUGAGAUUGAUUCAAUCGACCAUGGCAAACUCUCCGGCUGGAGACCAAGCUCAGUUGUCAACGCGGUUCCGCUCGCGGACCAAGAAGCCCCAUUUGACUAUGUAAUUGUCACCAUGAAGAAUAUCCCAGAAGUGAACAAUGUACCCAAGAUCAUAGCACCGGCGGUGACACCAGAACACACAACCAUCGUGCUAUUCCAAAAUGGGCUCUACAUUGAACCGCAAUUUAUCGACGCAUUCCCGACAAAUGUUGUGCUCUCUGCGCCAAGUUAUAUCGGUGCACAUGAGCUCAACGGAAGCGUUGUCCACGAUGACCAUGAUAACUUCCACAUUGGCGCAUUCCACAACAAAGCUUUAGAGCAAUCAAUGGAGCGAGCGAGGCUAGAAGAAUUCACUCGGAUCUAUAACGGCAGCAAGGUCGUCGAUGCAGACAUGGUGGAUGAUAUCGUCUUCUAUCGCUGGCGCAAGGUGCUAUGGAAUGGAAUCUUCAACCCAAUGUGUGCCAUCACGCAGCUUGACAGUGCGGCGAUUAGACGAUUCGGAGGCGAGCACAGUCUGAUCAGACCUGGUAUGACGGAGAUGGCGGCGAUUGCCAAGGCUGAUGGGUAUGAUCUCGGAGACGGAAUCGUGGAUGAAAUGGUCGAUGCGACUCCGCUCGAACUGUCUUUCCGUCCGAGUAUGCUGGUGGACGUUGAUAAAGGAAAUCCGAUGGAAGUGGAGGUUAUCUUGGGCAAUGCUUUGCGGGUUGCGCGAGAGAAGGGAGUUCAGACGCCGAUUUUGGACAACACCUAUCGGUUCUUGAAGCUCACGCAGGCGCGAUUGUUGGCUGCCAGGGGAUUGAUUAUUGAGCCAAAGGAACUUCCAACUGCAGAUUUGAUAUAG